CGUACAGUGUAGACGUGUUCCAAAGUUAUAUUAAAAAUCAUUUACGCAAGACAUACAAAUCUCAACUAUAACAGUAGUGUACAGUGCAUUCAAAUUUGUCUAACGAGUGUUGUAUACAUACAUCCUUUCGACUGUGCGCCUGCACCACUGCGCUCAAACAGGUAAACAGCGCCACGGAUGUACAAUGUACGGUGACCUACUCGCUCGCUCGCCGAAUGGAGGCGGCAUCAACGAUGGAGCCGGCGGUUCUCAACCGAACUUAAGUGCCUUAUCUACGGACUAUGAUAGCCCUCAAAUUACGUUUCGAAAUAAACGUAAGCUGCAUACUGAUAAUGAUGAGAUCGUAAACGAGCUAUCUGAACUUAGAAAAGAAGUUGCAGAAAUGAUGAUAUAUAUGAGGACAACCAGUAGCAAACAAUCAGAAAAUAUAAGUAAGCUCUGUAAGGAUAUUACCGAUAUAAAAAGCCAGGUAAACACCAUAAGCAAUAAUAUGGCUACUAUAAGUACAGAGCAAGACAAGCUGCGGACAGAUGUGCAACGCCUAGUUGCCUCAACACAAGCCACAGAGGAGAGAAUUAAGCUCCUGGAAACUGAUAUCAACUUACUAAAGUCAUCCUCACCUGCAUGUACUAACCAAACGCCAAUAACCUACGAUUCUUACGAUAAACUAAUUAAUGAAUGUCAAGAACGAAACAUACGAAAUAAAAAUAUCGUUAUAGCUGGCAUAAUAGAAUCUACUGCUGAGAACGCCGCAGAACGACUAGAACACGACACACAAGAGGUAUUGAAAAUUACUAGAAUGGUUCUUAACGACUGCCCGGACCCUCAACAAAUAUUCAGACUAGGCAAAUAUCAGCCUAAUAAAAAUAGAGUCAUAAAAGUUUGUUUCGCAUCAGAAAAUGUAGCAAAACAACUACUCCGUAAAAAAAAUAAUGUCAAGCUAAAUACUAUAAAAAUCUACUCGGACCAGACCCCUUACCAGCGAGAAGUCCUAAAAAAACUGCAGCAGGAACUACAACAGCGAACUGAAAAUGGAGAGAGCAACUUACUUAUUAAGUACGAAAAAGGGGUACCUAAAAUAAUUAAGUCACAGCCAAAAAACUCCGCAGCGACGGUAAUCAAAUCUUGA